AUGCCACUGCACGUUGUCUCGCAUCCGAUUCUAUCACACAAGCUGACCCAACUGAGGGACGCGAAGACGACUUCGGCCGACUUUCGUCGGUUGGUGUCGGAGCUAUCGACCAUGAUGGCGAUCGAGGCGUCGAGGGACUUGGAGACGCGCGUCGUACCUAAUGUGAGCCCAGAGAGGACUUUAGAUUUGUGAACAAUGGCUUGCCACGUCUUCUGAUGCUGAUGGGUCCCUACGUUGUGUCGUGCAUUGACCGUGGUAGCUGUCAUCACCUGUCGCUCGGUUCGAAGGCCGUGAGAUUGCCGCCAAGAUUGGGAUCUCGCCCAUCCUGAGGGCCGGGAUAGGCAUGACUGAUGGUACGCGCAUGCAUGAGCCACUGGAUCUCAUCCAUGAAAUCAGACACUGCAAUCGCCUCUGAGACCUGAGAGCUAACCUCUCGGACCUCCUCCUGCCUUUUUCCCGCGCCCGCCCCCGAACACCCCCCGAACAUCAAACGUGCCUCCCUGCCACCCCACAUGCCACACCACCCCGGCCCCCACACUCACGCCACCGGCCUCGGUUCAACUCCCAAACGUUCGGCUUCCCAGCACUCCUCUCCCUCUUCCCAACGGCGCAGGUCUUCUACCUUGGCUUAUUCCGCGAGAAAAUAUCUCUACAACCCAUCGAAUACUACCAGAAACUGCCCCCUCAACCCACGAUUGACCGGCUCUUCAUCCUCGAUCCUCUCAUCGCGACGGGAGGGACAGCGAUCGCGGCGGUGGAGAUGCUCUUGGAGUGGGGGAUGAAGGUCGAGGACCUCAAGUUGAUCGGGUUGGUCGCGAGUCAGGUGGGGGCUGAUAACGUCCUGAAGGCUUUUCCGGGGUUGAACUUGUGGGUUGGCCAGGUCGAUCAGGAGGUGAGUCCAAAGUCCAAACAGCAGCCGAACUCACGAAUCAGAGCAGGCUUGGGCUCAUUCUUCGACUCCUGGCUUUCGCCGAUCGGCCCUCCUGAACUCUUCUUCUUUUGAUUUUUUCGGCAGUUGACUGUGGACGGCAUGAUUCUCCCCGGUUUGGGCGACAGUGGUGACCGGCUUUUCAACACUGUGAGUCUACAAAAACGAAAAUGUACAAAGUGCUUUGAUCGACCGACCUAGCUGAUGAUGCUCACUUCUACGCGUUACGCUCUGUUGGCAGCUGAAUCAUUGA